AUGGACCUAAAUGAUCUUAACUUUCGAAAUCCAAUAAACAUAGGGUAUUAUGAUCCAUUUAAUGUGUUACCUAUCAUAAGAGAAGAUAUCGAAUCGAAAUGGCCCAUAACCAACUUGCAUUGGAAAUAUUAUACAGCAAAGUCUGUUAAAUCCAUACCGUUGCUACCGGUAACAUUUGUUGAAGAGAUCCCUCGGCCAUCGUUGGAAUUGUGUCUUAUUAGUGAUGAUAGAUAUAUAAGAAUGAUGUUUGUUAAAUAUGAUAAUGUUGAGAGUUAUCGAUCACAGGUUAGACCAUUGAUUAGAGAAUGGCUUAGAAGUUUAGUUUCCAAGUCCAACGUUGAAUGGUUAAUUGUCCUUGUUAUCCCCACUACUAGCAAAUAUAAACAGUCGACGUUAAUGAAAACUUCGAUGUAUGACAAGUUGCGAAAUGAUUUCGGAGUCGAAGGUAAAGAAUUGAUUAAACUCAAUAUGGAGAAUAUCCGAUAUGAUCUUAAUGUCAACCGUUGUUUUAGAGUUAAUGAACAAUAUGAAAGUGAUGCUGAAAAAAUUGAAAUCUUUAGUGAAUUCACCCGUGUAUUUAAAGAAGCACUUAUAAGGACUUUCAAUAAUAAGCAAACAUAUUUCCAAAGUCAAUUAGAAACCAUUGCUAAUAGAAAUCCCAGCAAUUUCGAAUCCUUUCUAAUUAAAAUAAAUUAUGCAAAGUUCAUGAGUGAUAUUCGAUUACUGAAAGAAGCAGAAGAAUUGUAUGCAAAUUUGACUGUUGUCUUACCAGAAGUUUGUGUGGAACAUUCAAAUUUGUUUGAUAUGUCUUUUGAUUACCCACAAGAUAUCAACAAUUUCAGAUUGGAAUAUGCCUUCAAUACAGCUUCUGUUUUCCAAAAAAUAAACAGUUAUAAUCCGAAUACUCUGGGGAAGUUAAGUUUAGGUGAUUUGAGAUGUCUUCUAUUUAUCAACCAAUCGGCUGUUCUUCAAUCCUUAGCUAACCUAGCAAAUACAAUAUCAAUAUCUGCAUUAUACAUUUCCAAUUUAUACAGAAACUUGCUACAGUUUAUUGAUGGUUUCAUGAAGAUAGUUCAAUUGGUUCCAAAGGGUAAACUUUUGGAUCAUUAUCAGUUCCUUUUUGCGGUUAUUGAAUGUUAUUUGAAGCUUCCAAUCAGUCAAAAGGUUAUUGAGGUUAGUAAUGCUAAUAAUAUUAAUAAUGAUGACAAUAUUAGCAACGGGGGUGAAGCCUAUCAAUUGAAUGAAAUAUACGAACUAAAAGGGGAGCUCAAAUUAAUUCAACGAUCGAUAUUGAACGAUCUUGGUUAUUUGUUUUCUUACCAGCGGACAGAUGACAUAAUGGAUACAAUUGAUUUCAAAUCUGAUGAGAGUUCUUCAAAGUAUAAUCCGAAAGAUUUAAUAUUUGAGAAAUUGGUGCUGUUCAUGAAGGAUAAUGAUACAUUUUUUGAUGCUUACGAACAGUUAACAGAAUCUGCCAUUCAAGACUUUUUGAUUGCCGGGCGGAAUAAAACAAUUGAUGUUUUAAGUAUUGAUUUGGUUAUCAUCCAUUAUAAGAGAGGUAAUUAUAGACUUGCACUAGAUGUUCUCCAAGAUUCGUACGGUUUCUUCAUUGAGCAUCGAUGGAAAUUUAUGGGAGGGAUGUUACUUGAGAUCUAUAUCGAUUGUAAAGAAAAGUUGGGUGAUUCUACAGUAACUGAAUUGAUAACACCCAACAUGAAGUUACUUUCACUUCUUUCUGAUUCGGACUCAGAAAUAUCUCAACGCAAUAUUAAUUGUUUCAGGAUAACAAAGUCAUCCAAUCAAGUUAAACAAAUAUUGGAAGGUAUAAUAAUGAAAUCAAAAGGCUUAAGUGUUACAGAGACUUAUCCACUUAAUUGGAUCUUUUCAUUUGAUAUAAAACCAUUUAUUCAUCCUGAUUUUUCAACAACGUUAGACAAAUACUAUUUAGAUGUGGACAUUAAGAAUUCGCUUGGAAUUGACGUGGAGAUUCAAAUGGUUUCCAUCGUUUUACGUUCUAUGGAUAAUGAUACCAGUAUUGAACUUUCUUCCGGUCCAGUUAUCAUAUCUGCGAUGGGCUCUUCAAUUCGAGUAUUCACUAAUGAAUUCAAGCUAGCAACGUUUGUAGUGGAGACCAUCGGCCUUUCAUUAACUGAUAACAUUAAAUUCUUUGAAACGAUUAGUGGCCACACCUCUGGUAAUGAUAAAGUCAACGCAACAGUUGUUAGGUUUUCGAAAUCAAUAGUUUCUGACGAUUAUCAUGAUUCAAUUAUUCACCAAGAACUCCGUGGUAGUAAGAAGGAUUUGAGGAUACUUUUCUACCAAUGCUUGAAUAAAUUCUGGUGUGAAUUUUCUAAUCCUUCUCAAGUUCUGCUUGGGUCAUCGGAACUUAUUUUAACAUUGCAUAAUCAACAUAACGUGAUGAAAGAUGUUACCUUGAAAUUGCAGGAAUUGACAGCAGGACUCAAUUUAAAUCAAAAUUCACUUGAUUCCAUUAAAAGUGAACUACUUCCAGGAGAAAGUUAUGAUAUCAUUAUACCCUACAGUUUCUUCAGUGAUAGUAAGUUAAUUAGUAUUGGGUGCGAAAUUGAUUACAAAGUUGGUGAUGUCACCUAUAAGCAUAUCAUGAGACAAGAGAUUGAUACAACGUUAACUGUUUCCGUUUCGGUUCAAGAUAUCUUUAAACCUAAUUGCUUAUUUCUGAACUUUCAAAUUAGUACUGCCAAUUCCAAAUUCCCCGUGAAUCUUAAAUCUUGUGAAGCUCAUUGUAACAAUGAUAAUUAUACCAUUCAAAAGCCUAAAGUUAAGCCUAAUAACGUGAUCACAUUUGGUGAGCAACCGGUAUCAGUAUUUUACCGUAUUCUUUUAAAUGAAAAUUAUCAAAUUCAACUUGAUGAUAAAAUAGAUCUUUGUGUGGUGUACACUAACUUAAGAGAUGAAUGCAUUGAAAUUGUUCAAAAACUCAUGAGAGAGUUGUUGAAUGAAGCUGGUUUAAUUAAUUAUUGGUUUGUGUUUGUGGAGAUUGUUUCCAAGCAAUUUAGAUUUGAUUUGAAUCAUUAUGCAAUUAAUAAGAAAUUGAAGGUUUUAAAUGCACUGGAAGUGGGUAUGUUAUUAGAAAGAAUUAUUAAGAGGUCCAUUGAGAAAGAACAAGACCGUAAAAAAACUCUUCAAAUCAUGAAAUCAAUGCUAACAGAAAGAGAUUGUAAACAAUUAGAAGUUCAAUUUGCACUUCAAAGCUUAACAAUUCCUGUUUCAAUACCAACAUUGAAAUAUUUACAUCAAGCAAAGUUUGAAUUUACUCGGGCACCUUCUUAUUUGGUUGGAGAACCAAUAAAGAUGAAACUUGAAGUUAAAAGUCUUCUGAAAUGGUCAGCUGAACUUGAUCAAGAUGAUCAUGGUGAUCUUUCAAUCCUUGCAGAAUCUUCACCCGGAAAGGACAAAAGUAACGGAUCAAUAAAAUCGAAGGUCGAACCGUUUGAGUUUACCUUAUCAAUUCCUAAUGAUAGUAAUUGGUUAGUAUCAGGUUUCAGGAAGAAAACAUUCCUCUCAACAACUUCUAAUAGCGUGGAGAUUAUUCUCAUUCCAUUAACCGUGGGUAAACUACAUCUUCCUAGAGUCUUAAUUAAGUUGUCAGACAACUCCAACGACAAUGGCGUAGCAUCAACAAUGGAAGUUGAAGUUGCCAAUGGAGCUGAAACUUUAUUAGUAUUAUCGGAGCAGGAGGUCAUAUCAUUUGCAUUCUAA